AUGACCAAGCUGAAAGAGGCCGGGGCGGUGCUGCUGGGCAAGCUGAAUAUGAGCGAGUUUGCCAUGGGCGACGCCUUUCAUCACCCAUAUGGCCGCCCGCGCAACCCGUGGGACCUGUCGCGCAACCCAGGCACCUCCAGCAGCGGCUCCGGUGCGGCCACAGCCGCGUUCCUGUGCGCCACGUCACUGGGCGAGGACACGGCCGGUUCGAUUCGCGGACGCCCCACCGCCUUUCUGCGGCCUGCUAUUGCCGGACACGACCCCAACGACUCCCACACUCGCAACGCUCCGGUCCCCGACUACCUGGAAGGGAUCGAUGGCGGCAUUCAGGGCCUGCGGGUGGGGGUGCUCAGCGAUCGCGUGAACGACGACGGGGUGGAACCGGACGUUCGCGACGCCAGUCGAACGCGUGCAGUGCAGGUGGACGCAUAUGGGCGAACUGGGCGCAAAGGUGGAAAGCGCAGUCUCAUCCGAUGCAUGUCCCAGGCGGGCAGCCCAUAG